AUGUCGUUGAAAGUAGUCGAUGUACGAUUUGAGCAUUAUCGCCACCCCAAUACCUUGGGUGUCCACGAGGAAAGGCCUCGCAUUUCCUGGCGUUUCGAUAAUGCCCCUCCACGCUUUGAGCAAGAGGCGUAUGAGAUACGCGUUGACGAGCUCGUCGGGCAACAAAAGAAGCACAUCACGACUGCACAAGUCGAAUCCCCAGAGUCUUAUCUAGUUCCUUGGCCGUGUGAAGACAGGAUCGUAUCUCGUCAGCGAUACAUCGUUUCUGUUAGAGUGCGGGGCAAGGGACAGGACUUUACUGAGUGGAGUGAAGAAGCUUGGCUAGAAGCCGGCCUUCUGAGUCGAAGUGACUGGAAAAGCAAAUUCAUCACGGCGCCUUGGUCUGACAAAGAUACCGACAAGCCAAAGCCAGAAGAUCUCUUCCGCAAAGCUUUUUCACUCGGUGCAGAGGUUCAGUCUGCAAGGCUUUAUGUCACCGCCCAAGGCGUCUACGAGGCAGAGAUCAACGGCAGUCGUGUUGGCGAUUACUUCUUAGCGCCAGGCUGGAGUUGUUACGACGAUGAGUUGACGUAUCAAACAUACGACGUCACUGAACUUCUCGACGGCAAAGACAAUUGCCUAGGUAUUCGGGUAGCAGAAGGUUGGUUUAAUGGCCGGCUGAGCUUCGAUGGAGGAAGGCGAAACGUGUAUGGUUCACGCACAAGCCUUCUUGCACAACUCGAACUGCAGUUCUCAGAUGGUUCCAGCCAGGUCAUCACCACAGACGAUAGUUGGACAGUGACUCAGGGUCCAAUUCGUCAGGCAGAGCUCUACGAUGGAGAGAAGUAUGACACCACGGCUAAGAUACAGGGGUGGUCUUCUCACGGCCCUGUCACCGGAAAGUGGGAGUCUGCUGUGGAGAUACCUUUCAUAUCCGAAAAGAUCACUUUGACAGCCGGCUACACUGAGCCUACCCGCCGUACCGAGACGGUCCAGGCUAUCGAUAGGAUCACCACUCCAUCAGGACAAACAGUCCUCGACUUUGGUCAGAAUCUGGUUGGGUAUGUCCGCAUCAAGCAAAUCAAGGGCAACCGUGGCCACAAGGUCACACUACGCCAUGCGGAAGUUCUCGAGAACGGGGAACUAGGUACCAGGCCUCUUCGCAAAUGUGACGCAACGGAUGUGUACACUCUCAGAGGCGAUACUGAACCUGAGACAUACGAGCCAAGAUUUACCUACCACGGCUUCCGUUAUGUCCAAGUUGAGAAUUGGCCGUCAGCAGAUCUCGACGUGGCUCAUUCACUCGAGGCUGUAGUCUGUCACACCGAUAUGGAAGAGCAAGGAACAUUUGCAUGCUCAAAUGACAAGCUGAACAAACUAUUCAGCAAUGUCCGCUGGAGUAUGCGGGGCAAUUUCCUCUCCAUUCCGACCGACUGCCCUCAGCGAGACGAGCGCCUUGGAUGGACAGGCGACCUGGCUUUGUUCGCCCCCACGGCUACUUUUCUCUACGGCUGCUAUCCAAUUCUUCGCGAUUGGCUCAAGGGAGUUUGGUACGAUCAGCAACAACAAGGUGGAAUACCGCCGAUGGUUUCGCCCAAUGUGCUUGACAAAUGCAGAAUAUGGGGUCCCGUUUGGCCUUGCGCUAUUUGGCAUGACGUUGUUGUUUUGGCUCCAUGGGCUUUGUAUCAAGAGACUGCUGAUCCCACUAUUUUGGCUGACCAGUUUGAGUCUAUGGAAACAUGGAUGCGGGUCAUUCCCAAGAACAAAGACCGAUGCACUCAUCUCUGGGACUUUAAAGCUGACCAACUUGCGGAUUGGCUUGAUCCGAACGCACCCCCCGAAGAUGCCGCGAAAGCCACGACAGACCCCCCACUAGUCGCGAACGCAUUCCUUAUACACUGUCUCGAUAUAAUGUCCCGUGUCUGCGAUGUCCUCGGAAAGACAGACUCCGCCUCUUCCUAUAGAUUGUGGGCCGAAAACGCACGUACCGAAUUUGCACAAGAAUAUGUCUCUCCAAGUGGUCGCUUGGUGUCUGAUACCCAAACCGCAUACUCUCUGGCCAUCUGCUUCAAUCUCUUCAACAAGGAGCAGCUGUCUCGUGCCGGUGCCCAACUAGCAGACAUUGUCCGACGGAAUAGCUUCCGCAUAGGCACCGGAUUUGCCGGAACACCUUACGUGUGCGAAGCUCUUGUACGAACAGGCCACAGCAAUGUUGCCUAUUCCAUGCUGCUGAAUGAGAAGUGCCCAUCUUGGCUGUAUGCUAUUUCCAUGGGCGGCACCACAACCUGGGAACGAUGGGACAGUAUGCUCCCCGACGGGUCCAUCAACCCCGGUGAGAUGACUAGCUUUAACCAUUAUGCUUACGGAGCUGUCGCCAAGUUCAUGGUCGAGAGACUCGCCGGACUGCAGCAGAUUGAGGCGGGAUGGAAGAAAUCUAGGGUACAGCCAGAAGUCGGCGGUGAUUUCACUUGGGCAUCCGCGUCGCACUUGACGCCAUACGGCAAGGUUUCUAGCUCUUGGAAGCUUGAGGACAAUAGCUCAGGACAACAGUUGCAUGUGGAUAUCGAGGUCCCGCCAAGGACGACAAUGGAGGUUGUACUACCUGGUGGCGAUGGUCUUAAGACAGAGGUUGUUGGCUCGGGCAAAUGGUCGUUCAAGGUGGAAUAUGAGAGACAAGGUGAAUGGCCUGUGAAAGAGAUCAAGUUUAUCCUUGCGAGUAUUGUUGAGCAGUUUGAGAAGGACGCACAGAGCCAAGGUUGA